AAGGCGAUAGACAACACCGAACCUUGAUCAAUAAUAUUCCCGAGUGUUGAGAGAAUAGCGCCAGUCUCCACAUCCUAUAUCAUAACUUCUCCACUCCAUGAUCCACUUGCAAGUUUCUUUACAUCCGGGGAGAAGCACACCGACCAAACCUGUUCUGUCUUUACCAUCCGUUCGAAUACCAUCUGCUUUCUCUCGACAUCCCAGAUGAUGAUAGUUCCAUCUUCUCCACCACUCGCAAUUCGCCUAUCGUCUGGCGAUACAGCGACUGAAAGCACAUUGUCGUUGUGUCCCUUGAAUGGCCCUCCCACCAAUGUUCCUUGCUCCACGUCCCAGAUUCGCAGGGUUUUAUCCUGUGAAGCAGUGACAAUCCGUCGACCAUCUUUGAAGAACGCGACUGCUGACACUUUCUCAUGUGCAUUCGCAUCGUUUGUGUCUGCGCCGGCUGGGCUGUUUGUGCUGGCGGGGUGGUCUGCGCUGGCGUCGCGCACCUUCUCACAACAGGAAGUCGGACGGUCAGUAGUGUUUGAAGCUAAUGAGAGGCGUACUCUGCUGCCGUCGUCAAUCUUAUGUGUCGCUCUUUAUAUCUCGUUGGCCCCUACCACGUUGUUGCAACGUGGAUCUCAUUUCGCCCCUUCCAUCUUCCAUCAGUGCCUUAGCGGACCAAGUACUUUCUGCUCGUCGACAUCCCAGAUCAUCAUGGCAUCAGCUGUACUGCUCGCAACUCACAGUCACCGGGUGAUACAGCGACUGGACAUGUGGCCUCACGCCUCCAGUGUCCCCUGAAUGGCCCUCCUACCAAUCCUCCUUUUUCUAGUAUAUCCGAAUUGCGCGCAAUAUGGUCCGAACCAGUGACAAUCUGUUGACUGACGUUGAAAAACGUGACUGUUGACACCAUCCUCGUGUGCCCUGGCAUGAGCAUCGUCGGCGUUGGUUGUGUUGUCUGCUCCAGUGUCGUGAACCCUCUCA